GAGGAGGGGACGCGGGCCCUGGGGGGUUGGAGGGGCCGAACAUCGCGGGGUGUUUCGGCUUUGCCCCCCUCUUUCCAAAAAGCAAAAGCAGAAACGCGGACCGAGGAGCCGUCCGCCCUCGCCCCGGCCUCACCUCGCUGGCCCCGAGUGCGGGGAGCUCGGAUGUCCGGUUUCCUGUGAGGCUUGUACCUGACCCCGUCGCCUCUGGCCAGCACUGGCUGGGACGGCGACGAGCGACUUUGGGAACGCCGAGUGCCGGCCGCGCUCCCGCCGCCUGCGGCUCGCCCUCGGGGGGCAGCGCGGGGCUGUCCGAGGAGAGGGCGAGGAGGGAGCCGCCGCGCCGGGCGCCCGCGCGCCCAGCCCCGCCGCGCCGCGGACCGGCCGCCGCGCUCCGGGUCCUUCCACCAUGCGCUGGCUGCGCGGCUUCUCUCUGGCGUGUUCCCUGCUCGCCGCCGCUCUGCUCCCGGGUCCGCGCCAGGCGCCCGCCGCCGCCUUCGAGUCGGGACUCGGCUUCUCCUCCGACGCGGAGCCGGACGCGGGCGAGGCCAAGGCUUAUGCAGGAACAGAUCUGGAAGAACAGUUGCGGUCGGUGUCCAGUGUAGAUGAACUCAUGACUGUACUCUACCCAGAAUAUUGGAAAAUGUACAAGUGUCAGUUAAGGAGAGGAGGAUGGCAACAAAAUAAAGAACAGCCCAAUGUCAAUACAAGAACAGAAGAUACUAUAAAAUUUGCUGCAGCACAUUAUAAUGCAGAGAUCUUGAAAAGUAUUGAUAAUGAGUGGAGAAAGACUCAAUGCAUGCCACGUGAGGUGUGUAUAGAUGUGGGGAAGGAGUUUGGAGCAGCUACAAACACCUUCUUUAAACCUCCAUGUGUGUCCGUCUACAGAUGUGGGGGCUGCUGCAACAGUGAGGGGCAACAGUGCAUGAACACCAGCACAGGCUACCUCAGCAAGACGUUGUUUGAAAUUACAGUGCCUCUCUCUCAAGGCCCCAAACCAGUAACAAUCAGUUUUGCCAAUCACACUUCCUGCCGGUGCAUGUCUAAACUGGAUGUUUACAGACAAGUUCACUCAAUUAUUAGACGUUCCCUGCCAGCAACACUGCCACAGUGCCAGGCUGCCAACAAGACUUGCCCCACAAAUUACACAUGGAAUAAUCACAUCUGCAGAUGUCUCGCUCAGCAAGAUUUUCUUUUUGCUUCUAGUGCUGGAGACGAUUCAGUAGAUGGAUUCCAUGACAUCUGUGGACCCAACAAGGAGCUGGAUGAAGAGACCUGUCAGUGUGUCUGCAAAGGGGGGCUUCGGCCUUCCAGCUGUGGACCGUAUAAAGAACUAGACAGAGACUCAUGCCAGUGUGUCUGUAAAAACAAACUUUUCCCCAGCUCAUGUGGGGCCAACAGAGAAUUUGAUGAAAACACAUGCCAGUGCAUAUGUAAAAGAACCUGCCCAAGAAAUCAACCCCUCAACCCUGGGAAAUGUGCCUGUGAAUGUACAGAAAAUUCACAAAAGUGCUUAUUAAAAGGAAAGAAGUUUCAACAGCACACAUGCAGUUGUUACAGACGGCCAUGUCCAAAUCGGCUGAAGCAUUGUGAGCAGGGACUUUCAUUUAGUGAAGAAGUAUGUCGCUGUGUCCCUUCAUAUUGGAAAAGAACGAUAUGAACUAAGAGUGUACUAUUUUCCAGUUCACCAUUUUUCUGCCAUGGAUAACUGUGUUGCCACUUUAGAACCAUGAACAGAGAGAUCUUUGUGGGACCAUGGUAACAAAGACAAAAGUCACUGUUUCCUGAACCAUGUGGAUAACUUUACAGAAAUGGACGGUAGCUCAUCUGCAAAAAGACCUCUUGUAAAGACUCAUUUUCUGCCAAUGACCAAAUAGCUGAGGUUCUUCUGAGGUUGUGAUUUAAAAAAAAAAAAAAAAAAAAAAAAUGACUAUAUAAUUUAUUUCCACUAAAAAUAUUGUUUCUGCAUUCAUUUUUAUAGCAAUAACAAUUGGUUAAAGCUCACUGUGAUCAAUAUUUUUAUAUCAUGCAAAAUAUGUUUAAAAUAAAAUGAAAGUUGUAUUAUAA